UCGAAAAUGCGAAUACCAGAUUUGGGCAUUGGAAUGACUGUUUGCUCGAGAACACCAGAUUUUCUAAAUUUCUGGCACAUGUCCACGGAAAUCAUGUGUACGUGCGCUUUUUAGCCAAAACAAACAUUGGGGCGGAGCCUGUUUGAAAAAUGACGAAUGACCACUGACUGCCCACAGGGUAAGGACUGGACAUUGGACGGCUCGGUCUGUUUGAACUACCGGACGUUGGACGGAAAGGUUUGUCUGACCUGCCGGCCAUUGGGCUGAGAGGUUUGCUUUUGUCAGGUCGGGGUUAGCGGGGUGAUAAAGGUAGGCACGGAAAAGCGUAUGAAGGGUCAAAGACUGAAUUCUAGACAAGAAUGGCUGCAGUCGCCAGAUGGAUAGCUGAGUCAGUUCAGGAAAUUCUACAGAUCUCUGGGUUGACCCUGCAGGCUUUUCUUGUUCUCUGCGCAAUUUUCCUUCUGACAUGUGUCAUCUUCAAGCGUUCCCGGAACCUGCCUCCCUACCCGGCAGGACGUGUGCCUGUUCUCGGGCACCUCCUCGCCUUGGGCCGAGCGCCUCACCUGAAGCUGACGGCGUGGAGGCGGCAGUACGGGGACGUCUUCACCGUCAGGAUGGGGAUGGAAGAUGUGGUGGUUCUGAACGGCUACACUGCCGUCAAGGACGCGCUCGUGGACAGGUCCGAGCUGUUCGCGUCCAGGCCUCCAAAUUGCCUGUUUGAUGCAGUAACCGGUUUCGGAAAAGACCUAGCCUCUGUACCCUGGGGAGCCGCCAUCAGGCAAAGAAGGAAGUUCACCACAACCGCCUUGAAGGUCCUGGGCAUGAAGGUUGGCAGUGGCGGCAUUGGAGAGAAAAUCCGAGAGGAAGCGGGCUUUCUCCGUAGCAGGGUGGCAGAAUACGAGGGAAAGCCGUUCGACGUCGCCUACGACCUGAACGUGGCCGUCGCGAACGUCAUCUGCUCCAUGGUGAUCGGGCGGCGCUACGACUACAAGGACGAGACGUUCAGGGAGCUGUCGGAGGCGGUGGUCACCGUGGCCGUGAAACUUGCUGCGGGGCAGAUCAUCAGCUUCUUCCCUUGGUUACGCUUUGUUCCAGGGGUGAACAGAGCCAGGGUCGAGUUGCUUGAGCAGAACGCGAGGCUGCAGAAGGUACUGGGGGAGGAGCUGAGUCGCCACCGGGAACACCUGGACCGCGAGAAUCCGCGAGACUUCCUGGACUUUGGGCUGCUUGAGCUGGAAAAGCAGGAGAAGGUGGAGGGUCUGACGGGGGAGAUCGUGAUGCACAUGGCGCAGAAUCUCUUCCUGGCAGGGACAGAAACCGCCUCCAACACCCUCCGCUGGAGCCUGCUGUACAUGGUGCUGCAUCCAACCGUCCAAAAGAACGUACCGUGUGCUUUUGUACAAGAAGAGCUUGAUGCCGUAGUUGGUGCGAUUCUGCCCACCCUGUCCCACCGUUCCCAGCUGCCGUACGUGAACGCCUGCCUGAUGGAGACCAUGCGGAUCCGUACACUACUUCCCGUUUCUCUCCCCCACGCCACCACACAGGACGUGAAAGUCUCCGGCUACGACAUCCCCAAGGGUACCCAGGUGCUGGUGAACCUGUACUCUAUCCAUAAGGACCCCGCUUACUGGCCUGACCCGGACCGGUUUGACCCCGAAAGGUUUCUGGACGCGGAAGGGAACGUCAUCACCAAGCCCGAAUCGUUCCUGCCGUUUUCAGCAGGCCGCCGCGUGUGUCCCGGUGAGCAGCUGGCCGGGAUGGAACUUUUCCUGUUCUUCUCGACCCUGCUGCAGUCCUUCACCCUCUCGGCGCCAGAGGGCGCUCCUCCGGCAAACACCGAUGGAGUCUUUGGCCUGACCCUGACGUCACCCCCGUUCAAGCUCUGCGCGACACCGCGUUAGUUUAUGAUGAAUAAAUUGUGAAG